AACGCGCCUAUUUUCAGAUCAUUUAUAUACACAUAUUAUUAGCGAAAAUGGCGGAAGUAAAGUCACGUCGUGUUGCCCAAACAGAAGAUUUAUCGAACGUUGAGUUCGAAACCAGUGAAGAUGUCGAAGUUAUUCCAACAUUCGAUAAUAUGGGUCUCAGAGAUGAGUUAUUACGUGGGAUUUAUGCUUAUGGUUUUGAAAAACCAUCAGCCAUUCAACAACGUUCGAUUAAGCCGAUAAUGAAAGGACGAGACGUAAUUGCACAAGCUCAAUCUGGUACAGGAAAAACGGCAACGUUUUCCAUUGCAAUAUUACAAUCAUUGGAUACACAAGUCAGAGAAACACAAGUAUUAGUUUUAUCUCCAACGAGAGAAUUGGCAACUCAAAUCCAGAAAGUUAUUCUGGCGUUAGGAGAUUUUAUGAACGUUCAAUGCCAUGCAUGUAUUGGAGGCACCAAUCUUGGUGAAGAUAUCAGAAAGUUAGAUUAUGGACAACAUGUUGUGUCAGGCACACCUGGCAGAGUAUUUGACAUGAUAAAAAGACGUGUUCUCAGAACAAGGGCUAUAAAAAUGUUAGUUCUUGAUGAAUCAGAUGAAAUGUUAAAUAAGGGUUUCAAAGAACAAAUUUAUGACGUAUACAGAUAUUUGCCACCUGCAACACAAGUUGUAUUAGUAUCUGCAACAUUACCACACGAAAUUCUUGAAAUGACAAGUAAAUUUAUGACAGAUCCUAUUCGUAUUCUUGUCAAACGUGAUGAAUUGACAUUAGAAGGGAUAAAACAGUUCUUUGUGGCUGUUGAAAGAGAAGAAUGGAAAUUUGACACAUUGUGCGAUUUGUAUGAUACAUUAACAAUAACACAAGCUGUAAUAUUUUGCAACACUAAACGUAAAGUAGAUUGGUUAACAGAAAAAAUGAGGGAGGCCAAUUUCACAGUGUGUUCCAUGCAUGGUGACAUGCCACAAAAAGAAAGAGAUAAUAUAAUGAAAGAAUUCCGUUCUGGCCAAAGUCGCGUUUUGAUUACAACUGAUGUUUGGGCAAGAGGAAUAGAUGUUCAACAAGUGUCUCUUGUAAUCAAUUAUGAUCUGCCUAACAAUCGUGAGUUAUAUAUUCAUAGGAUAGGCCGUUCUGGUCGGUUCGGAAGAAAAGGUGUUUCGAUCAAUUUCGUAAAAACUGACGAUAUUCGGAUUCUUCGAGAUAUCGAACAAUAUUACUCGACGCAAAUUGAUGAGAUGCCCAUGAAUGUAGCUGACUUAAUAUAAUUUUAAGAUCGAUAAUUGUAUUAAAUAAUAAUUUUUCUUUCAA